AUGUCUUCGUCUCCCAAUAUACUUUCGACAGCGCAAUUAGCACCAAAAUAUUUAUAUCAGUUUGGUAGUCCAGUAUUGAUGCUUAUCGGUACUGUGGGCUGUAUAUUGAAUUUACUUGUAUUUAAUCGAAAGAAUCUACGAAAAAAUCCCUGUUCAAUCUAUUUUAGUGCCUACAAUCUUGCCAAUUUUGCAUAUAUUUGUUCUUCAUUAUUACCUUUAACAUUGAGUCUAGGAUAUAGCAUUGAUUUUAGUACACGCAAUAUAGUUAUAUGCCGUGUGCGUCUUUACAUAACCAUUUUGUCAAAUGUUUUAAGCCCGUUUUAUUUGAUUUUGGCUUCGAUUGAUCGCAUUUUCAUUACUUCAACAAAUGUUCUUACACGACGACGAAGUACUCUUCGUUUUGCUUAUAUAUAUGUUGCUAUUGGAACAUUAUUUUGGGCAUUGUUUCAUACUCAUACGUUGUUUCUAACAAAUAUUAUACACAUUGGUCCUAAUACAUUUAUUUGUUAUUUUCAAUUAGGUGUUUAUCUUUCAUUCAACACUUACUAUUCACUUUUCAAAGCAACAAUUACACUUUUAUUAAUGACAGUAUUUGGAAUGUGGUCUAUCAGAAAUAUUCGAGGUCUUCAACGAGUUAAACCUGCUACUAUUGUAUCUUCCACUGUGACUACAGUAGUUAGUGGUCCACAUUCUAAUUCAUCAAAAGAUCGUCAACUUACUUUUAUAUUACUUAUGGAUAUCAUCACCUAUGCAUUAUUCAGUUUCGCUUUGGCAAUCUAUCUUAUCUAUCAACAAAUAACACAAAAUUACGUUAAAAGUGCUCAGCAAACGCAGAUUGAAAACAUUAAAUUCGAAAUAUUAUCGGCUCACGAGGAAACCUCCCCAAAACAUGUUGAUGAUGAUGAUAAAAUAAUGAAUGAAAGAAAUUUAAUUGCGAAUCGAUUAGAGAGAUUAAAUAUUAUUGUUGAUGAUGCAACAUCUAUUUGUCCAAAGCAUCGAAGUUCAUUUGGUAUUGUUUGGUUUCAGAGUAAACAGUGUUAUCAUCCUGAUUAUGAUCCCAAGCGUCCAGCACAUUCAACAGAUUGUCGUCCUGCUUCGCUAGAUGUUUCAUCUCGUAUCCAAGAUUUUCCGAUCGGUGGUUGUUUAUGUACAGUACAUAGAAAAAAUCAGCAGAAAAUUGAUCGCCACUGCCCAAGCAUGGAUGACAUUACAAUUGGUACUCAAAGCAGCAAUUUUAUCGUUGAUGAUACGCGUACACAUGUGAAUCAAAUUCUUGAACAAGCUAAUAUUAGUCCGAUUAAUUCUCAAUCUAGAAAAACCCUCAAAGAACAACCAGCUAGUGGAAUUAGACGUCUGUUAUCAAAGUUUAGACGUACAGUCGAUACACUUCGAGAACCAGUUUAG